GAAAAAAACUGUACAAUGUACAAUUACAUUUUAUCUGGGAUUGACUUUUCAGUUUGUUUAGUCCACAUUUUGUCAUUUCUUUUUUUUUUUUUUUUUUUUUUUCAGUUUAAGGUUUUAAGCUUUGCAUAUGAAGUACUGACAAACCCAGAGAAAAAGGAGCUGUAUGAUCGCUAUGGAGAACAGGGGCUGCGGGAGGGAGGAGGCGGCGGACCCGGUAUGGAUGAUAUUUUUUCCCAUAUUUUCGGUGGAGGACUCUUUGGUUUUAUGGGGGGACAGGGAAGAGGACGCAAUGGAGGUAGAAGAAGAGGCGAAGACAUGGUUCACCCUCUGAAAGUUUCCCUUGAAGACCUUUACAAUGGUAAAACUACCAAGCUGCAACUUAGUAAGAAUGUGCUCUGCGGGGCGUGCAACGGUCAAGGGGGUAAGGCGGGAGCGGUGCAGAAGUGCGUGGCAUGUCGAGGACGGGGCAUGAGAAUCGUGAUUAGACAACUGGCUCCCGGGAUGGUCCAACAGAUGCAGUCUGUCUGUACAGACUGCAAUGGAGAGGGUGAGGUGAUAAAUGAGAAGGACCGCUGCAGAAAGUGUGAGGGUCAUAAAGUGUGCAAGGAGACAAAGCUCCUGGAGGUGCACGUGGACAAGGGCAUGAGACAUGGACAGAAGAUCACAUUCACUGGAGAAGCUGACCAGGCGCCAGGUGUUGAACCGGGAGACAUUGUCCUUGUGCUGCAAGAGAAAGAACAUGAGGAAUUCCGUCGUGAUGGCAGUGACCUUCACAUGGUCCAACGCAUUGGCCUGGUUGAGGCUCUUUGUGGCUUUCAGAUGACUGUCACACACCUGGACCAACGUCAGCUACUUGUCAAAUACCCUCCUGGCAAGAUCAUUGAGCCAGGUAAACACACUGUUCACACGUUCAUUAGUUACAAAAUAUCAAAGUUUGGUUUUGAGGUGAUAUGUCGUUACUCAAAAAAUCUCCUGAUUUUUUUUUUUUUUUUUUUUUAAGUUUAAAAAUAUAUA